CCUGCCAGGGCCUAUCUGGGGCAGCCAUGAAGUCCCUUGUCCUACUCCUGUGCCUUGCUCAGCUGUGGGGCUGCCAUUCUGCCCCGCAUAACCCAGGUCUGGGUUACAGGCAACCGAACUGUGAUGACCCAGAAGUAGAGGAAGCAGCCCUGGCGGCCGUGGAGUACAUCAAUAAACACCGUCUUCAGGGCUACAAGCAUACUUUGAACCAGAUUGACAAAGUGAAGGUGUGGACUCGGCGACCCACAGGAGAGGUAUAUGAACUUGAAAUAGACCUGCUGGAAACCACCUGCCAUGUGCUGGACCCCACCCCCGUGGCAAAUUGCACUGUGAGGCAGCUGCAGGAGCAUGCUGUGGAAGGAGACUGUGAUUUCCGGAUACUGAAACUAGACAACCAGUUUUCCAUAUUGUCUGCAAAAUGUGAUUCCAGUCCAGACUCGGCCGAGGAUGUGCACAAGGUCUGCCCCGACUGCCCCCUGCUGGCCCCGCGGAACAACACCAGGGUGGUGCACGCGGUGGAGGUUGCGCUGGCCACCUUCAAUGCUCAGAAUAACGGCUCCUAUUUUCAGCUUGUGGAAGUUUCCCGGGCUAAAAUUUCGCUCCUUCCGCCUUCCAUCCUCGUGGAGUUUGUGGUGGCUGCCACUGACUGUGCUGCUGCAGAAGUUGUAGACUCGGCCAAGUGCAACCUGCUGGCAGACAAGGUAUAUGGCUUCUGUAAGGCGACUGUCACUGAGAAGGUUGGUGGGGAAGAUGUUGUAGUGACCUGCACGGUGUUCCCAAAAGAGCUUGUGGUGCUGCAGCCCCAACCAGAUGGCGCAGAUGCAGAGGCCACUACCUCUGUGGUGGGCGCAGCUGUGCCUGCAUCUCUUGCAGCUGUCCAGUUGGUGGGAUUCCUACUGGCGAGAGAUGUCCCAGUAGCCCCACCAGUGCACCAGGCACACUAUGACCUGCACAACAGCUUCGCGGGUGUGGCCUCUGUGGAGUCAGCCUCAGGAGAAGCAUUCCACGUGGAGAAAAUAUCCAAGGAGGCACAGCCUGGCAUUAUUUUAGGUCCUGGUCCAGUGGUCCGUCCUUGCCCAGGAAGAAUUAGACACUUCAAGGUGUAGAUGAAGGUCAAAACCGAAAAGGUUUGGCACAGAGAACAUGGCUACCAUUUUGUCCAAGUCCAGGUAUGGGUGGGGGGCUUAUCUGCUGUCAAAGUCAGUGUACAUGUGGUCUAGUUUAAUAUCAAGUCUUGGAUCCCAACUUCUCUUCAUUCACCAGAGGACAGAAGCAGAGGGGGUGAUAGUUAUGUUUGAUGGAAGGCAGAAGGCAGGCAACUGGAUUGUCAGUGUUCCCAUGAUAAGCCACCACCAUUAUUCUCUUUGCCUUCUUUUUACCUCACAAAAACAAAUGGAACUGUGACUCUGAGAGGUGCUCUUGCCAAGCUUAUAUUCACUAGUUAAUAUAAGUACCUGAAGGACUUUCCUUAAUUAAAAAGGUUCUAAACUGAAA